AGGAAUAGUGUCCCAUCGUUGGUAUCAGUGGGAUGAAUAGUGCCCCAUCGUUGGUGUCAUGGGAGGAAUAGUGCCCCAUCAUUGGCGUCAGUGGGAGGAAUCGUGCCCCAUCAUUGGUAUCAGUGGAAGGAAUAGUGCCCCAUCAUUGAUAUCAGUGGGAGGAAUAGUGCCCCAUCAUUGGUAUCAGUGGGAGGAAUAGUGCCCCAUCAUUGGUGUCAGUGGAAGGAAUAGUGCCCCAUCAUUGGUAUCAGUGGAAGGAAUAGUGCCCCAUCAUUGAUAUUAGUGGGAGGAAUAG